UUUAUUUACUAAUAUUUGGUUUAACAUUAUAGGAGGAGAAUUCUGGCGAUGAUGUCAGAAACUUUUGUCGUCAAGCAUUUUUCAAUUUCAUCAAAACAAAACAUUGACUCGAGUGUCAGAGUGUGAAAUUGUCAGGUGUAUUAUAUGGCGACUCCAUCAGAACAGCAGGAUUCUGCAAAUGCAGCUCAGAAGUCAGCUCUAAAGGAGGAUCACGUGAAGUCUGUAGGAGUUGAUGAUGAUGCAAAGGAAUCUUCUAAACAUCAUGGUUCUACUGGUCAGUUCUCUGUAAGGACAGCCAGUCAGAUGAUCAGUAAAUGGAAGUUUGCUCACUGCAGAGAACAUCAUGCUCGACUUCACACUGACGAUGCCGAAUACAGACGACAACUACACCUGCAUGAACGCCACCUCAGAUCCACAGUGGCGCUGCCGGUCAUUUCUAUGAUGGAGGCGGAAACGCUGCAGAUUCUACUGGAAGUGGAGAAAUGUAAAGACCAGCUUUUUCCCUCUCUUUCAUACCAAAACAAAUCUGCUUACAGAUAUAACCUUGGCCAAAGUCAUGAUCUCACUCUGGACGCUCAGAGACGAAUUCAGAGCCUGAGAGAGAAAACAGCCGCUAAAGGUGUGAAACAGGAGCAGAAGAUGGGCGUCAUGGACACACUGAGAGACUGUAGCUGCAGUUUAACCUUCUGUCUGACAGGGGGCGCUACAGGUCAAACAGAACCUGACAGGAAACAUCGCGUCUUUAAUGCGUCAUAUCUAACGGUUAGAAAGAAAUCAUCAACAUUAUAACAUCAGUUCGACCCCUACCACGGAUCGCUAAGAACAUCAAAAAUAAAACGAGACAUGAAAUAUUAAAAACAGAAGUUGUAGCUUUACUUCAGAGUGUUUCCACGUGAAAAAAUCCAGCCCAUGUGUGAUUUAUGCUGUUUGAUUUGUAUGAGAGAUUCAAACAGAGAAAUACAGUCACAAACACUGUGAACAUACAAAAUAUGAAUAAACACAGUAAAUCUGUUUAUGAAAACACGACAGGCUUUUAAAAAGAUUAAAGGAACACAUUGUGCGUUAAAAUGUACAUAAACUCAAUAUCAAGUAGUGGCAUUGGCGUCAUUUGAGUUUUUACACAGCAGAAAAUGUAGUUUUACAGUAAAAAGUGUUUGCAAUAAUGUAAAUGAAAUGCUCCCUGCCAGUUUAAACGCUCUGAUUGGUUAGAUUGAUCUAUCAGUACACGUGUGUUUUAUGUGUUUGUUGGCGUAUUAGAGAGAUCUGUACAACACUGCAACAAAAAAUGUACAUUUUAAAACACUAAAUGCUUGACCUUUCAAAACAUACCUGGGUCAUAUUUCACCUCAAAAUCAUAAAGACAAAUUAUAUUUUUCAUAAAGAAAAUUGUGACAUUAUUUUAAUGCUAAAAAUCUCAUUUUCAUUAUCGUAAUUAAGUAUUUAUAUAUCAAGGUAGUAUUUUUAUUACAGUAAUUUCCUAACUGUAAUACAGUCAAAUUAUUGUAUUUAAUUUAAAAAUUAUUUUCUUUAUGCAAAAUAUAUCUAUUUUUAUUUCUUUUCAUUUUGGAGUGAAACUUGACCUGGAUAUGUUUUCAUGAGAUUCACCUAUUUACAAACCAACAUCAUUUCUAAUCUAUAAAAUACAAAGUUUUUUCAGUGAUUUGUGUUUUUUAAAGUCCAUAUAAAAUUGUCCUCAAAAUGUACAAAAACAGUGUAUCAAAAUGUGUAAUUCUCCUCCAGUGGUACGAAAUAAAGGCCCUGCCGGUGAAGGCAUCAGGACUCGUACGUCUGAGUCGCAUCAGUAGUUAAAGGCAUGAAUGAAUAUUGUUCCUUUUCUUCAUUAAUCCAGCGAGUCCAGUGAUGCCACAGGGAAUGUUUCUCUUAAUUCUCUCUGUCCUUCAUAUAUCAAAUUAAAAUGAAUUUAAACAGCAGCAUCUCAGUCCAGCAGUAGUUUAGCUUCAUGUUGGAAAUUCCCUGAUAAUCUCAUAUUAAACAUUUACAAAAUAUACGCUUGUUUGUCUUGGUUUUGUUGCAGCGAGGGGGAGGGCGCCCCCUUCUGGACAAAAUAAAACAUAAAAAAGUGCUUUGCUUCAAGUAAACAAAAAUCAAAACUGUUUUAAAAAGUGCUGAUACUCUUCAGCAUUUGGCACGAGAAUCCAUCAGACAUCAGCUGUCGUGUGAAGUGUCGAAAAUCCAACGGAGGGACGGAAACAGGACGAUUGUUUUUCGGCUCUGAAAUCCUCUUCCUCCCCUCGUCACCAUGGCAACAUGCGUGCAGCAUCAACAUCUGCAAAGACACACAACGCUUGAUCAUAUACAAGAAUAUUUGAACAUUUAACUUCAAUAAUGUGACAUUUUAAAAUUAAUUAACCCUUCAAGCUCAGAUGGGCCCACAAGAAGAAAAAAAACAAUCGUCAAAAUAUUAAUAACUACAGUCCUCCUUAGCAACCAAAUUGGCCCGGUUGCUAGGGAGGGUAGAGUCACAUGGGGUAACCUCCUCGUGGUCGUGAUUAGUGGUUCUCGCUCUCAAUGGGGUGUGUGGUAAGUUGUGUGUGGAUCGUGGAGAGUAGCAUGAGCCUCCACAUGCUGUGAGUCUCCGCGGUGUCAUGCACAACGAGUCACGUGAUAAGAUGCACGGAUUGACGGUCUCAGAAGCGGAGGCAACUGAGACUUGUCCUCCGCCACCCGGAUUGAGGUGAGUAACCGCGCCACCACAAGGACUUACUAAGUAGUGGGAAUUGAGCAUUCCAAAUUGGGAGAAUAGGGGAUUAAAUAUUAAAAAUAAAUAAAUAACUACAGUCUUGGCCAACACAAAAUACUUAUUUUAAAGCUUAGAGCUCUACAUUACAAUGCAUGUAGACAUUAUGACCAAGUGCUUUGAAAUUUGCUGACAAAUCAGAAGUGUUCUGUUUUGAUUAUUUAUAAAAAACAUUUGCACUGUACAUAUUGUUAUAAUCAGUAAAAACAUGAAACUGAUCAAAUAGCCAUGUGUCAUAUGUUGUUGGAAAUAAUACAACCAGACCAUUGUUUUACUCACAGACACAAAUAUAGUGAGUAAUAUCUAAGUGUAUGUCUUUGACAAUUGUGUUGGUGUUACUUAUAUGCUGCGUUUUCACUUAAAAUUUCACGGAAAAUAAACGGAACAUAAAAUAUCACAUAUCAUUACUUAGAGGAGGUGAUUAUCUUUCAAAUGAGUCCACACACAAGAUAAUCAGAUGUAUAGAUCAUUAGAUAAUCCACAUGAAGCACAAUGUUACAUAUGGCCACCAGGAGAUGGCGCCAAAUACAUGACACACACUCAAUGAUGACUCAAAUGACACAGAAUGAAACUCAUUCUGUGAAAUCUCAUUACUAAAAUCAUGUCUGCAUGCUAUGCAAACCUUUAGUCAUUGUUGUGUUUGCAUGUGUAAUUAGUUCUUAUGUACAAUUAUUAUGUUUUAUUUGUUUGGAGACAUUUUUUGACACUAUGAUCAAUUAUUUUUGUAAUGUUAUAACUUUUGAUUGCUUUGUCGUAUCAACACAAACUUUUUCUCAGUUACAGUUGACAGUUUAUCGGAGCCACCUUAUUUACACCCAGAGAUAUAUAAUGUCAAAUCAGAAAAAUAAGAAAAAAAAGAUCAUUUUCAGCAAUUUCUUAGUCUCAGAAUGUAUCAAUCUAUAUCAUUAAAACUAUUUGAAAUGUUUUCUUUACAAUGAUACCAAACACCCUCGUUGUUUUUGUUUUUUUGUAGAGUUAUUAGCUUUUAAUUUGGGUUUGCCACUGAAACAGGAAAUCUUUAAAAACACCUUCAGAGCUUAAAGGGUUAUGUGUUGUUGAUUAGUCUGUUUAUCAGU